GGAAAGUUGUGGCAGGACAGUGAGGAUUUUCAGCAUUCUGCAGAUCACGUUAAAACAUGAAAAAGCGGAGCCACAGCUAGAGCAGGACCUCUGCUGCAGACCCGAGAGAUCAACAUGGCUGAAACGCACCGAGUGACAGCGCAGGGCCGGAAGAAAUGGGUGUUUCCACAGAAAAGUGCGACUGAUGAAAAUAAAGCGAGCGUUCGCUCUGCUGACAGAGACGCUGAGAGAAAACUGUCAGUUCCUUUCAGAGGUCACAUCACAGGUGGGAUGCGGCCAGGGAAGAAGGUUGUCGUGGUCGGUGUCGUGGACCCCCGUCCUGACAGGUUCUACGUUGCCCUGACAUGUGGUUGCGGAACAUCCAGGGAGCCUCCGCCGGAUGUGGCUCUGGAGCUUUGCGUUAGAUUCAGGGACCGACAAGUCCUGCGCAGAGCCUGUGAGUCUGGAUCCUGGGGAGAUGCCGACAGAAGCAUCCCUUUCUUCCCCUUCAUCAGAGACCAGCCGUUCAAGCUGGAGAUUCACUGUGAACAAAGUCGCUUUCGCGUGUUCGUGGAUGGGCAGCAGCUGUUUGACUUCUCCCACCGAGUGACGUCACUCAGUGACAUCGACACGUUGUGGGUCAAAGGCAGCGUUGCCAUCACUAAACUGGCUUGAAGGAUAAGUGACGUCACAAACUGCCGGGACUCAUCUCGUGUGAACAUUGCGUGUGUUCACUCUGGACAUUUUGCCUCCAGAUGUUUCAUGUGGAGAGAAAUGAGUUUUAAGAUUUGUUUGAGUUGGUUGGUAUUUGUUUGUGGAUUGAAUAAUGUAUUUGUAAAUCCUGUUUUUAUGUGUAGAUCUUGAAGCAUACAGUUUAAAACUGGACAGUGAAGAGCUUGGUUUUCCUUUUAUAUGACAUGUGUAUGUAGCUGAGCCGAGAAUCAUAUCCACUCAGGACGAAGUGUAAUAAAUGUAAAUGAGUAAAGCAGCACUGAUUAGACAUUAAAUCAUCACUUUCCACUGUACGUUUGGGAUUUUAGAAUGUUGGUGGAUGUUGUGACUUUUUACAUUUUCCUUUAUUUUAUCAUAGAACUUUUUAUAUUCUUAUAUUUUAGGCAUUGAGUAACUAGUGAUCAGCAUGCUGGAACUUUCCUCCAUCCAUUUGGAGAUCCCCAGAAUAUCCUACAAAACAGUCAUUGUCAUGUUAAUAUGGUCAUAGUACUGUAUACAUCUUGUGUUUUAACAGAAACCCAGAUGCCCCCCUCUGGAUUUUCCUGGUAUUUUGGGGGCUUCAGGGAUCUGUGGGGCUGACCGAAAGAACAGAGAAUGAAAAACAAAACAAAGCACAUAAUGAAAUAAAGAUUCAUUAUCCAGAAUUAACAUAUUCAUGUCAGGAAAUAAACUUCACAGAAAACAAAAUCUGCCGAAAAACAAAUUUUGUGAAAAAAUAGAAACUCUUUUUUUCUGAGGGGUUGGGGGAUGCAGUAGGGGGUCUAAGCCUCCCAUUCCCAGUAUGUCCUAAAUCCUGGAUCUGGUUAGGUUUCCUGAGAAACUUUGUGCGUGUCAUUAAUGACUGGAUAGAAACAUUCAGAGAGGCCAUUGGUGGGAUUGUUUGUAUAUUUUUUGCAUGUUUUUGUUAAACUGUUUUUUGUGAUAGUGAGAAAACAAAGAAUGAAGAUCAGGACUUCUAGACCUUUGGGAUCUUCUACCGAGACAGCAUUUUUGGACAUCCUUCUGUCUAAACUAAGUGAUGACUUAUUUUUUUAAAACAUUAAUUGUGUACCUAUAUGUCUUUAACAGCAUCUUUUUUAAUGUCGCAUCUUAUCUGUGAUCAUCCAAUGAAAACUAAAGUAAUGUCUUUUGCAGCAUAAUGUUCAAGUGAUUUGUUCUUGAGUGUAUUUCCUCUCGGUGAGUAAAUGUAAAACAUUGAUUCUGAUUCUGAUUUUUUUAUAUUUUUAUCAAUGU